CGUGGUUUCCCCCGGCAAGAGCCUGGGUCCUGGGAAGCCUGAGCGUUCUCGUGGGCGGACGCGGGCUGCAGCAGCAUAGGAGGUAGUCCAGCAGGCAGCAAGCAGCAGGCAGACGUCAGACGGGCAGGACUGCUCCGCUCUUGACGCAGAAAGCUCCUGGACCAUCUGCCAGAGUCGGUGUCAUCACUGAAUCUUCUGAAACCUCACAUGCACCAUGAAUAUCUCUCACUUUCUGUCCAUGCUGCUCCCAGGAUCCCCACAGGUUCAAAACAGGAGUAAAUCAAAGGGCAUCCUGUACAACUUCUCUGACCACUGCCAGGAUUCUGUAGAUCUGAUGGUCUUCAUUGUCACCUCCUACAGCAUUGAGACCAUUGUGGGCAUCCUAGGCAACCUCUGCCUGAUAUGUGUGACCAUUAGGCAGAAGGAGAAGGCCAAUGUAACCAACUUGCUCAUAGCCAACCUGGCCUUCUCUGACUUCCUUAUGUGCCUCAUCUGCCAGCCACUCACAGUCAUCUAUACCAUCAUGGACUACUGGGUCUUUGGCAAGGUCCUUUGCAAGAUGUCAGCCUUUAUCCAAUGUAUGUCGGUGACAGUCUCCAUCCUCUCACUUGUCCUUGUGGCCCUAGAGAGGCAUCAGCUUAUCAUCAACCCAACAGGCUGGAAGCCCAGUGUCUCCCAGGCCUACCUGGGGAUUGUAGUCAUCUGGCUCAUUGCCUGCUUCCUCUCCUUGCCUUUUCUGGCCAACAGUGUCCUGGAGGAUGUUUUUCACAAGAACCAUUCCAAGGCUCUGGAAUUUCUGGCAGAUAAGGUGGUCUGUACUGAGUCUUGGCCACUGGACCACCACCGCAUCAUCUACACCACCUUCUUGCUGCUCUUCCAGUACUGCAUCCCGCUGGCCUUCAUCCUGGUCUGCUAUGUCCGCAUCUACCAGCGCCUGAGGCAACGGAAGCAGUUGUUCCACAAGGGCACCUACAGUUCACAGGCUUGGCAGGUGAAGCAGAUCAACGGGAUCCUUUUGGCAAUGGUGGCUGCCUUCGCCCUGCUCUGGCUGCCCCUGCAUGUGUUCAACAGCCUAGAGGACUGGUAUCAUGAAGCCAUCCCCAUUUGUCAUGGCAACCUCAUCUUCUUGGUGUGCCACCUGCUUGCCAUGGCCUCCGCUUGUGUCAAUCCCUUCAUCUAUGGCUUUCUUAACACUAACUUCAAGAAGGAGGUCAAGGUCCUGGUGCUGACUUGCCAGCAGAGCACCCCUGUGGAGGAGUCUGAGCAUCUGCCUCUGUCUACAGUACACACAGAAGUCUCCAAAGGGUCUCUGAGGCUCAGUGUCAGGUCCAACCUCAUGUAGCCAAGUCCAGAGCUUCUCCCUCUCAUGUUCAUUGCCAGGGUCCUUCAUUUAGCUAAGUGGGCACUCUGUAAGCUGAGGGUCGUACUUCAUUAUUACUGGCUUUCUGGGGCUCAGAUAGGUUGGCAAAGCCCAUUUUUGCCUCUAUUUGCAUUGUGAAGCUUGACAUUCAGAUGGUUCAGCUAUUUAUUCCUGGGGGACUUUUGAGUCUGGAUUCUUUAGGUUACAGAUUAAGCAGAUGUCAGAGCCAAAGAUGGACUGCAAGUAGCAUGCAGGGUUCAUUCUGGUAACUCAGCAACAGAUGCCUGUCCUAGGAACCCCGGGGUUUCACAUCUACUAAUGAGACUGCAAGGUCCCUGUGGGGUGAGGGAAGAAGAAUGUGGAGUCUGAGCUCUGGACCUUGGUCAGCCCCUAAAAUCUGUGAGAGAUAAUCUUUGUCGAUGGCCCUUUUAAGUUGUAAAGAAUUCUAUGGAGGCAAGACAGUGUGGUUACUAUUACCUGAUUAACAUACCCAAUGGCAGACAGCAGAUCUUGGCAGUCUUGGGUCAUCACACUCCCCUACAGUAAGCAAAUCAACCCUGAGCAGCAGGAAGUUCAGGACUCACAUUCUACUCUAUCCUUUUUCUCUUUCACUAUUUCUGCCAUCUUGUAAGGAAAUAAACCUUUAAGUAUCUACCCUUGAAAAGAUUGUCAGGAUCUUGAAUAUGACAUUUGUCAUAAAGCUGUGUCCCCCAUACCUUGGAUAGGCCUUGGCACAAGGAGAGAGCUCCAGAAAGCUUUGCCAUGGUAGGCUGAUGGAAAAGGUGUCUGCUUAGCCAAGGACAGGUGCCCUGUGUCAUGCUCCAGGAAGAGCAUGGCAAGAGCUGAGGCUGCUGCAGCCACACUCUAUCAUUUGCCAUCCCUUGCCUCCCAGGAUCUCUCUUAACAAGGCAGCUGGCCAGGGACUCUGUGACCUUAGUGUUGACCCAUUGCUGAGGCCUAUAGUACUCAAGGCCAUGACUCCAGCACCCUUCAUUUCACACUCUGACCACUGAGCUGACUUGCUCUAGGUGAUGUGUCAUGAUUCUUUCAAAGCCUUCUCACAUCUUUGGGUUUCUCAGUGGCCUUCAGUAGUGGAAGGAGGAGGGAGUUCUUGGAGUCUGGCUUAAUGGAGCACUGGCUGAAAGGAAUAGGGGGUCCUUCUUCCUCCAGCCAGCCAGGGAAAAUGGAGAAAAGGCUAUGAUAAGUACGAAUAUCUCACCAUAGAGGUCAUGGAGCAGUCUUUUGGAUGCUGAGCCAGAUCCAAGGUUUCAUCUGUGUAUGGACCAGACAGCUUGUCCUUGCAGAGAAGAAAAUGUCAAGAUUGAUCAUGGACCACUUUGGGUGGGAUGUCCAGACCUGGCCUAUAGGCUGAGGCCCACCUACCCUCCAGCAGAGUGAACAGUGGAUGGACAUAUUAUGGCCUCCUAGGGCAGGGUAUUUAGGUGCCUAGAAUCCUCAAGGGCCUCUCUGUAAGGCUCCUAGGACUGGCUCCACACAGGGGAUCUAGCAAAGGACGAGGCAGCAGGUGAUUGAACAGCCAUAUCUGACUGUCUUUCUGGUCUGGCCCCUAACCAAGAGACUGUAUAGCCGACACUCAAGACAAGUGUACUUUGAAUCAUUAGCUUCCUUCCUGGAGCUGUUUGCCUUGUCCCAGGUUUUGGUCACAUCUCCCAUUUUGUUCCUUUGUUCAACUUUAUCCUGUUUUUUUAGGAUAGACUGCUGAGCCACUUUCUUGAACACAGCUUGUACUUGUCCUUUGGUGCCAUCUGCUGCUGGCUGCUCCAGGUAACCAGCUGCCAGCAAAAGCCUUGGGGACCCAUCCUAGGAAGAUGUCAUUGACCAAGCUCCCCAAGAAAUUGAGGCCUCAGGAACCUCCACAUCAUAUGAAAUUCCCUGGAGUUUACUUCGCAUCACUCCUCUCAGUGGUAUCAGGCAGGAUGCUUGAGGAUAUGAAUGCAUUAGGGUGCCAGCAUGCUUGAGGACUUGGGGACCAAGCUAUGCAUCUGGAGAAGGUGCUGGACUUUAUGAAUUGGGUUACUGGUUGAAGGACUCAUUGGCUGUCUUCUGUGCUCUCCUCGCCUUGCUUUAGCUAACAUGGCCUUCCUGGGUGGCUGUCUCCUGCUCCUGGUUCCUAAUGACCCUUAGAAUUGCCUGGUUACCUAGCACCCAGGGAACUCACUGGGUGUCUUAGCAUCAACUAGAGCUUGUUAGACAUGCAGAAUCUCUUUUCCCAUCCCAGACCUUUGAAUCAGAAUCUGCAUUUUAUCAGGAUCUCCAAGUUAGCAAUGCACACAUUUACACUGGAGAAGCUCUGCUUUAAAAAACAGAUUGUUCUGGAGCCUGGAACCACUUGAUGAGCACCCAAAGGCACCCACUGUGGUUUCUGGGGUAGACCUUUAAGAAUCCUAGUUCUGGAGGUAUGACUUUAAAAUGGUAUUGCCAAAAAGGUAAAUUCAGUUUUGGUUGUUUGCCUCUUUUCGGGCCAUAUGUGGAUAUAUUUCUUCUGAAGUCUUUUCAUCCCUUUAAUGGAUAUAUGCCAAAUGAACAGUUUGCAUAGUUAUAUUCUUAUGAACAUGCCCCUCUGUAUAUGUUCUAUUUCACUUAUAACUGUAUCAUCAAGGUUUUUUGUCCUGCUGCACAUUAUUUUUGACAGCUGAUUAAGAGUUUAGAAAAGGCUGUAGUGAAAGCUGGUUCCUCUGAAUAGAAUCUCUCUAAGCUCUCAGAGGGGCCUUUGCUAGCCCAACUAAGGACUUGUUCCUGAUGGUAAUGAGAGGAGUCCAUCUUCAGAAGAGCACCAUGGCUGUAAGCGGAAACUCACACCCACAAAAAGUGCUUGGGAACUCUCAGCAGGUGCAAAGCCUUAUCAAAUUCUGAUGGUUUGAGCUUGAAUUUUGUUGAACUCUAGCCCUUCCUUUUUUAAGAAAAG